CUGUCCUCCACUUACCUCACAAAUUCCGACGCUAAAAUGGAUUCGCGAACAUUGCAGGUAGUUGUACUACACGCCAUCCUUGUUUGCCGCUCACAGUGCAUCUCAAGCAUAGCAGGAUACUGCUCUGGCCUCAAGAGCAUAUUCCAGCAUCUUGGUAAACCUGUUCCAAGCUAUUACCUCCCGUGCAUUCCUCCGUCCCUCAAAUACUUCACUGUCGUCCAUCCACUCCAGGGGUACAUUACCCGUGCACUGGUACCACCCAAAUAGACCAUCCCAGCAGGCAAUCGAUGGCCAAACCCA